GAGCCUAUUGUGGACAUAGCCUUAUUCGAACAUUGCAGCGCAGCCCUAAGUGUAUGAACUGUAUGAACUAUGGUGAACCAUAAAAAAGUAAAAUAUCUUGAUAUCAAGAAAGUCUUCUUGUUUGAUAUGCAAAUUACAUGUUUCUUAAUUUUUUCUAACUGAAAUAGAGAAAGAAGGAUAAUAUUUGGAGGACAUUAGAAAGAAAUUGGGAGUGACUCAUGGUGGAACAGGCAUAAAAAAGAGUUAAAAUAUAUCCAACAUUAUAAUCAUGACCAUCAGGAAAUAUGUUCUACAGCGCAUUAAUUCCAAUGACAGAGUUGUCAUCAACAAUCGAGAUGUUUCGUACACUUGUGGUAGAGGAAAGGAAAAUCAGAUCAUUUGUCCCAGUAUGUUUGUUUCAAGAAACCACUGUAUUUUCAUUAUUCAAUCUGACGGAUUGUACAUACGGGACUUGAAUAGCUCAAACGGUGUUUUUGUUAAUGGUGAGAAGAAAGUUGCAAACACAUUGUUAAAAAUACAUGAUAAAAUUGGAAUUGGUGUACCUGAACUGGAGCCAACUGAAAACAGUUAUUACGUUUAUUCACUAUACAUCCAAGAAGUAGAAAAUCUUGAACCUGUUGCUGGUGGUUCUACCAAUGGAAUCGAAGUAAAAGUGGAACCAGGUGAAAACAAUAUUAAAAGCGAAAUUGUUGAAGAUGACAGUAAAAAAAAGCGACCUUCUGAAGAUAAAGUUGGAAAUCCAUCAAAAAAACAAAAAACUUUUGAUCCUGUACCAAGCACCAGUUCUGCAAACUUUAAUAUUGAUAAAAGAGAUUCGAUAAAGUUGGAAGUAGAAGAUGAGAUUGAAAUAGUAAAUGUUAUUUCACUUUCUGAUAAAAAAAAUCAAUUAACUGUUGAAAGCGCAGGAUCAUCAGGAGUUGGAAAAGCAAUAGACAGAAUGCAGGUUGAAAAUAUUGAAAAGAACGGAAAAGUUGGGAGACAAACAGAAAAUGGAAAAUGCACAAAGAAGAGCAAUAUUACGAAUAUAGAAAAAAUAAGUCGUGAUAAAGCUUUGGAUAUAAAUUCUUUAAAACAAAACAGUGGAAUUAAUAAUGAUCUUAAUGCAACAGUAAAAAACAGAUUUCAAAAUUCUUCCAAUCCAUGUCAAUCAACCAAUUGUGAUAAACCAGUGUUACCGAGUACAUCCAGUGAUACAAAUGUUACCUCAGUAAAAGUAGAAGCUGAUGAAGAUAUCGUUUGUUUAGAAGAUAUUGAAAAUACUACCACUCCUCAAAAUUCGAAAGUUCCAUUAAAAGAUCCACAACUUCUACAAAUGAAUAAUAAUCAGUCUUCUAUUUCAAAACUAGUCAAAUUAAAGACUGUUAGAAAUGAACCAACAACUUGUUAUUCGCAGGUUGAUAUUGUUUCUUUGAGUUCUGAUGAAGAGGAUGAUGAUCAUUUAAUUUUCCCUUGUUCUCAACUUUUCAAUGUGUCCAACGAUGAGCCUCCGAUUAAAAAAGAGGAAAUCGAAAUGGAGAAAAAUGAAAUCAAAGAAGAUUAUGAUGAUAAUGUGAUUACACUUUCAGACUCUGACGAAGAAGACAAUAAUCCUUGGUUUAAUAAACUUUAUAACAGUCAGGUGUACAGACCUAGUCAAGAUUUUCAUAUUAAAGAUGAACCUGAUGAUGAAAUUAUAAAAACAAGUGCAGAUGAAGAAUCAGAAAAGAAAAAUCACUACACAUCUGAGUCGGAAAUUUUACAAAGGAACGAGAUUUUUGAAGUUGAUGAGCAGGAUGACGAUGUAUGGGACGAAACAAUCCAAUCGCAACAGACAGCAUCACAAGAGAUUAAAAAUGAAAGUAUUGAUAAUAAAAAAAUCCAACAUAGAAAAUCUUCGGCCAAACAAGAUGUAGGAAAAUCACGCGAGAAAGAAAUUAGAAAAAUAAAUGAUAUUCAUAGGGAUGAGUUUUCAGACGUUGAAGCUGACAUGAAUUUAGCACUAGAAAUUUCUGGAUUUAGUUAUAAAAAUAGACGAGAAAAUGAGAUAAGAGACGAAAAUUUACAAAAAACAAAAAAGCACAGUUCACAUAAAAUAAAAAAAUAUCAGGACAUUGAGAAAAGAAAAGAUUCAAAAGAUGAAAAGUACAAGAAGAGACGAAGGAGUUCCGCUGACGAUAGCGAGGGAAAUAAAAAAUCUAUCGAUGAACGACAACUUAUAAAAACCAGUGUUAAAGAGAAGAAGGAAAAACAGAUUAAUUUCAAAAAUAAUCAAGAAAGGCAAAAAACUUUUGAUCAAGAGAGUUCGAAACAAUCUAUAGAAGAAAGGAAAAGACAAACGACUGUAGAAGAUCGUAAAAGGAGAAAAACUGGUGAAUAUUGUGAAAAUGGACAAAGUGAUCAUGAAAGACGUCAAACUAUCGAUCAAGAGAAAAGAAAAGGGCAAAGUGCUUCAGAAGAACGGAAAGAAAAAAAAAGAGGUUCCGAAUUUUUGGAAAAUCGAGAUAAUGACCAAGAAAGACGAAGCACCAGUGAUCAAGAAAGUUUGAGACAUUCUCUCGAUGGAAGAAAAAAGCAAAGUGUUUCGGAAACUGGAAAAGUUAAGACAACUUCUGAAUAUUUGGAUAAUCGAGAAAAGAAGAAAAAGAGCUGGGAAGAUGAAUUGUUGAAUAUUGAAGAAAAAGUAUUAACAAUUAAACCAAAACCACCUGCUAGAAAGGCAAUAGUCAUCGAGCCACUUUACAUGGUAAAAAGUGAUAAACGAAGAACUAGUGUACCAGUUUUUAAAAAUAAUAAUGACAAUAAUAAUUCCAAUGAAACUUCUAAUGAGAGAAACGAGGAAUCAGAGAAUGAAAUUUCAAAAAUAACACCUCCCAGAAAACGAAGUAGGUCGAGAAGUCGAAAAUCGCAAGAAAAUUUAUUUAAAGAAACAAAUCAAGGAAUAAUACCUAAUUAUAAAGAAAAACGAAAAGAAAAAUUAAAAGAACUUUCAGCAAAGAGAUCACUUCGUGAAACAAAUUCAAAUAUGGUUCCAUGUAGAAAGUCAAAAGGUAUUGCUAAGGUUACUCAUAAAUCUCGACAAGAUUCUCUUCUUUUCGAACAGCAAAAAGCAGCUUCAAUAAAACCAGGAAUUGCUCACCAAAGAACUAGCAACACAUCUCCAAUUGCUCAUUGCUCGAAAUUCAUUCCUGAAUCCACAACGAUCUCAACGAAUAAAAGAGAAGAAAAAUGUCAAAAUAGUGAAAUUAAGUUAAAUCACAAAGAGCGAGAUUACAAUUAUGAGAAACAUGACCGAAAAGAACUGAGUAAUAAUGUUACUUUAAAUGUCCCUCCAAUUUCAUCAAAAUCAUCAAGAGAGAAAAAGGAAAAUAAUGAAAAUAGGAAACCUCUCAAAAGUUGUCUUUCGAGAUUUGGUUACAAAGAAAUUAAAAAGAAAAAGAAAGUACGCUUUAAUGACAAAAAUUGUAUAAAGACAUACGAAAUAGAGGAAUGCAAUUCUCUAAAUAGAGUUGUUGGAAAGGAUGCUCCAAUGAAUCGAAAUAAAUCUCAAAUUGAACCGCAUAUUGAUGAAUAUUUGUCACGAAUAUUUGAUUGGAAUCCAGCAUGGCUCAGUGAACAAAAGAAACUUCCAAAUGAACCACCUGUCUACAAGGGUGAUCAUUUACAGAAAAUAAAAACUCAUUAUUCCUCAUUCUUGGAAUAUUCAAAUUUCUUUCGACCACUUCUUCUGUUGGAAAUGUGGAAUACUUUAAGUAAAGAAAGCGAAUGCGAGGAAAAGAAAACAAAAUUUAGACAACGAUAUUGUUCUGUGGUUCAGAAUUCGGUAACAAAAAAUAAAACGCUUACUGGUGAAUUUCAAACCAAUUUAUUAAUAGAAAUGCUGGUGAGCAAAGAAGAUUUUGAUAGGGAACUUUAUCCUGGACCCGGACAUUUGUUACUAUUUGAGUAUCCAUUCUAUGACAAGGCAAAAGAUCAAAAUGGGAGUUUCUCCAAAAAGUUGCAGUUUCGUUGGAUUUUUGCAUUUGUUAAAAGUAAAACUCGCACGGAAAUAACGGCUAAGACGCGAUUCAACAGAAAACUGAUGGAAUUUACACCAAACUCGCAAAUACUUAUAACUCUAUUUGUAUUAUGCAAGAAUGCUAUCGAACCAGCGACAGAUCAUGUUUGUAGAAUACGUGGUGCAAUGUAUCUGAAAGCAAAUAUGCGAGACAUUUUAGCUUUACAAAAUCUUCCAAAAUCAAGAUUAAGAUCAUUAAUUUUGACUCCAAACCUGGAAGAUUAUAAACUUCCUGAAGCUGAACAGAUUCCACUUGUUACAAAGGACGAUUUAAACGAAAGACAAAUUGAAGCCGUAAUGAGAGUAUCGAAAGCAGCCUUGACUGAAAAGCCACAAAUUUCUCUUAUUCACGGUCCUCCAGGAACGGGCAAGUCCAAAGUUAUCGUCAAUACAGUUAUACAGAUUUUAUCAGAAAAUCCAAAAACACAAAUAUUGGUCUGCGCACCAUCAAAUGCAGCUGUGGAUGAAUUGGCGCUUCGACUUUUGCAGAUCAGAACAAAUCUUGAAUUCAAAAGUAUAAAAAUGGUGCGUGUUGGUCGUCCAGAAGCCAUGAAUGUAAAAGUGAGGAAUAUUUCUUUGACAGAAUUAGGUAGAAAGCAGGUUGAAAAAGAUUUUCUUUUAAAUAAAAAUGAUCAGAAGACAAUAAAGGAAAAUAAUGCAGAGAAGCAGAAAUUGGAUGCACUGUUAGAGUUAGUUGAGAAUAGAAUAGAAGAUAUAAAGAGAAAUGGUGUUAAAGGUGAUCUCAAUCAAUUGUACAGACAACGUCAAAGUUUACAAAACAGCAUUAAAACUCUCAGAACAAAAAUUGAACAACGUGUGGAUUUUAAAAGUCUUUCCUUAGCUGAAAAAAAUAAAAUAAAUCGCGAAACGGAAGAAUUGGUUUUAUCGAAAGCUACAGUGAUUGCAUGCACCUUGUCCUCUUGUUACUCUGGAAUGAUGGAGAAAAUAUUUGGUGGAAAGGAGAAAUUAAAAAUUCCAAUUUGUAUCGUUGAUGAAGCAACGCAGUGCUGUGAACCUGAAAACUUAAUUCCUCUAAUGUUGGGAGUAAAUAAAUUGAUCUUGGUAGGAGACACGAAUCAGCUUCCAGCAACUGUAAUUUCAAAAAAAGCCAAAGAACAUGGAUUGGAUCAGUCUUUAUUUGCCAGGUUACAAAAAGCAUUUGCAAACGAAAAUGACAAUCCAGUGAUAAUGUUAAACACACAAUACAGAAUGGAUUUCCCCAUACUAUCUUGGCCCAAUUCGUAUUUUUAUCAAGGAAAAUUAAUAGACAAGGCUACAGUAAAAGUCGUGCCAUAUAGUUCGUAUAGGGUUUUGAAUUUAAAUUCAUUUGAAGAUGAAACUAAAUUCUCGAAUACAGGUGAAGCCGAAUUUGUAUCAAAAAUUAUUUUCAUUAUGAUAACAUCCAUAGAUGUGUCUUCAUUUAAAGAGACUUUGCAAAUUGGUGUGAUUACACCUUAUCAAAAUCAGAGAAAUGUUGUUUUGUCGAAAAUAGAAACUCGUUUGAAACCCGUCUCAACGAAUAGAAGAAGUAAAUUUAUAAUUGACGUUAAUACGGUCGACAGUUUUCAAGGUCAGGAAAAAGAUGUAAUUGUAAUGUCAUGUGUUAGAAGUAAUGGCAUUGGUUUUAUGUCUGAUAAACAAAGACUGUGUGUUGCUUUAACGAGAGCGAAAUCAAGUCUUAUAUUAUGUGGCAACUUCAAAACUUUUCAGAAAGAUGAAAUGUGGAAUCAACUGCUUACUGACGCCAGGAGAAGAGGUAUUUUAAUGGAUGUGAAUGUCAAUGCUUCCAUGAAUGAAAUUAAAAAUCAUGUCUUAAGAUAAAAUUAUUACAUGAAUUUGUCUAUAAGUAUUAUAAAUAUAGAAUUUAUUAAAUUUAAUCUCAAUUUGUGAGCAUUCAUUAAAAAGAUGUUAUUUCGUGAUUAAAAGUGUUUUUUUUUUAUUUGAAAAGUUUGUAAUUUUUGAUAAAAUUGUAUUAGAAGGGAUAAGUUAAUUUAAGUUUUCAACUUUAUAAACAAAGUCUGUAAAUAUUAAAAAUAUAAUUUUUCUAUAAUAA